AGCCGGGCAGGGGGUGGUAGCGCGCAUGCGCGACCGGGUGUGGGGCGGGCGGAUUGCCACCAGAAUCUCAGCCCGCUGCAGUCUGCACUGCAUCCCUAACUCGUCGCCAUGGCCGCCUAUAAGCUGGUGCUGAUCCGGCACGGCGAGAGCGCCUGGAACCUGGAGAACCGCUUCAGCGGUUGGUACGAUGCGGACCUGAGCCCGGCGGGCCACGAGGAGGCGAAGCGCGGCGGGCAGGCGCUGCGAGAUGCUGGCUAUGAGUUUGACAUCUGCUUCACCUCAGUGCAGAAAAGAGCGAUCCGAACCCUCUGGACAGUGCUGGAUGCCAUUGACCAGAUGUGGGUGCCGGUGGUGAGAACCUGGCGUCUCAACGAGCGGCACUAUGGGGGUCUGACUGGCCUUAAUAAAGCCGAAACUGCUGCCAAGCAUGGUGAGGCUCAGGUGAAGAUCUGGAGGCGCUCCUAUGAUGUCCCGCCACCUCCGAUGGAACCUGAUCAUCCCUUCUACAGCAACAUCAGCAAGGAUCGUAGGUAUGCAGACCUUACUGAAGAUCAGCUGCCUUCCUGUGAGAGUCUGAAAGACACCAUCGCCAGAGCUCUGCCUUUCUGGAAUGAAGAGAUUGUUCCCCAGAUCAAGGAGGGGAAGAGAGUGCUGAUUGCAGCUCACGGCAACAGCCUCCGGGGUAUAGUCAAGCAUCUGGAAGGUCUUUCUGAAGAAGCGAUCAUGGAGCUGAACCUGCCCACUGGUAUUCCCAUUGUCUACGAAUUGGAUAAGAACUUAAAGCCCAUCAAGCCCAUGCAGUUCCUAGGGGAUGAAGAGACCGUGCGUAAAGCAAUGGAAGCUGUGGCUGCCCAGGGCAAGGCCAAGAAGUGAGGAUUACCAGGCAGCCUACUACCCCGCCCAGCUAUUCCUCCACCUCUCCCCUGCACCUGUCACUCUGACCACACCUGUAGGCAUCCCGUGUUGUAGUUACGGAUGAGGACCAAUGGCUCCCAUUUUCACUUUAGCAUUUUGGCUCCCGCACCCCCUUACUUGAUAGAAUCUAGUCAGAAUAGUACCUCUAGGACACAAGCUCUCAGUCCAAGCCCAGGGAAGGCUCUUCUUAUCCAGGAGAGUUGAGAGGUAGUUACUGUUUUUCCCUAGUGUUUCUGCUUUGUUUACUAAGGACCUCCUUGAGCAGGGGACAGGGAUGGACCAUGCCAAGGUGUGAUGAUGAGGAGAGGCUAGAGAGCACACUGUGCUCCCAGGGGCCAGUCCUGUACUCUUUGACAGUCAGGUCACCGUCAGCAAGCUCUCCUCAUUCCAGUGGGAGAGAAUGAAACCUGCAUGGUUUUUUUCCAGUGGGAGAGAAUGAAACCUGCAUGGUGAUUAAAAAGUAAUUUCCUUUCUCACCCCAGAGGAGCUGGCUCCAGAAGGUUGGGAUUAGUCCUGAAUUACGUUUAUGUGUUGUUUUUCUCCAAAAGAAAAAUUAUACAUCUAAACAAAAACCCUUCUGUGGCUUUUAGUUGUGGUUGAAUAGGUCCACAUGUAGACACCAGAAAAUAAGCCAUCCCUCACACCAGUACAGGAUAAAUUCUGCCUCUCUGGGUAGGAGUGCAUCCUGCUGUGUAUCUUAGGGUCCCUGCCUUGUUUUGGUGGCAGUGAAAAUGCCUCUUGACAAUGUCUAAAUGUGUCUCAGUAUGUUCAGUUUCUGAAUCAUGUUCCAGUUGGCUUGGCCCUGCUACAUGGGGCUAGUACACAUUUUGAGCAUAACUGUAAGUAAUUAAGUCUUUUUUCCAGAUCAGUAUAAUAAAGGAGUGAUGUGCAAUA